UCAGGUUGUGGGAAAGCCCUGAGUGUGAGCUUACAACUUCCUGUUCUGUUUCCCGCCCUCUCCUUUUUUACUGUAACUGUGGCUAAAACCUACGUAGGUUGCCUAAUAAACAUAUUCUGACUUCUGAUUCUGUACCCAGGAAAAAGCACAAGACAGAGAGAGCGCAUCGAUGCUCGGUCUGCGCACAGCUCUUCAUGGGGAGCUCGGAACUUGCCACGCACCGAAGAACCCAUAAAAUGGAAAAAUCGUUCCAAUGCCAGGAGUGCGGGAAGUUCUUCUGCUCGAAGGCGAACAUGCUCAGGCACCAUCAGAUCCAUACUGGGGAGAAACCAUACCAAUGCUCACUUUGUGGAAGCAGUUUUAGGCAGCAGGAGCAGCUAACUGUGCAUGAAAGGACUCAUACGGGCGAGACACCGUUUCACUGUUUGGUGUGUGGGAAAAAAUUCAACAGGAAGUCCGUCUUCCUGACACAUCAGAGAAUCCACACAGGAGAGAAGCCAUAUCAGUGCUCUUUUUGCGGUAAAAGGUUCAUCCGGAGGGCCUACCAUGCCAUCCACGAGAGAAUCCACACCAGAGAGAAGCGGGUACCGAUGCUCGGACUGUGGGCAGAGUUUUAAUUGGAAUGCAGAGCUCAUUGAACACUUGAGAACCCACACUGGGGGGAAGCCAUACAAGUGCCUAGGCUGCGAAAAGCGCUUCAGCCAGCAUUCGGACCUCAUCAGACAUCAGAGAACCCACACGGGAGAACGGCCCUACAAAUGCUCUCAUUGCGGGAAGGGCUUUAUCCAGAGGGCGCAGCUGAUCUUACACGAAAGGACCCACACAGGAGAGAGGCCCUACAAAUGUUCACAGUGCGGGAAAAGCUUCAGCCGAAGCUCUGUCCUCAUCCGGCACCUCCUUCUGCACACAGGGGAGAAGCCGUACAACUGCUUGGACUGCGGGAAAAGCUUUUGUGAGAGGGCCCAGCUCGUGGCCCACGAGGUCACGCACGCGGACGACAAGCCCUAUAAAUGCACCGACUGUGGGAGGAACUUCAGCUGGAAGUCAGCUUUCACCCGACACCGGAGAAUCCACACAGGAGGAAAGCCACACCAGUGCCCCGAUUGUGGGAAGAACUUCAUUCGAACCACUCACCUUGCUGCCCACCAAAAAACCCACGGAAAGGAGACAGAGGGCAAUGUCUUGAUCGGGAAUGAAAUUUUAACCUGA